AUGGCAGAGCUUAGCGAAGCCAUGCUCAGCAAGCUGUCGACCCAGGAGCGACAGAAGCUGAACCAUCAGUUACGACAGGCACAAGUCAAGAAUUACCUCACCUUCAUCAAAACAGAAAGAGAAAAUAACAAAGGCAGUGUCAAACGACAGAGGAAACCAAACAAGAGAAACACUUGUGUCAAGUUUGGAGACAAUCUUCUGCUGCAAGACGCAAUUGAAAAUUUUGAUGACAGAGAAGUUCAAAGACUUCUCAAUAAAGGGAGUGAUGUGAAUUAUGUAACUGGCAAUAACACUUCACUACUGCACAAGUGUGUUAGUGAGGAUAAUCUGACUACAGCUCAGUUACUCUUGUCCCAAGGAGCAGAUGCUAAUGCCCUGGAUGAUGAUGGAUGGUCUCCCCUUCAUCAGGCUUGUUCCUGUGAACUCCCAGAGAUGGCACAGUUACUACUUAAUAACCAUGCUGACCCAACAGCAUUAGAUGUAGAUGGUUUUUUUCCAUCAGACCUGGCCCCAGAUGGCUCUGAGACACAGCAGCUUGUACUGAAACAUAUGGAGAAAAUGGGGAUCUCUACUGUUCAGAAGAAAGAACUCCAACUGAAUUGUCCCCGACAGAUGUUUUCUGAUGUGCAGCUUCUUUUGACCACAGGCAGUGGUCUGAACAACCCGUCAGACCAAGGAAUCACCCUGCUGCAUAUUGCAUGUGCUAAUGGAUACAAGAAGGUUGUACGACUGUUAUUGAAGAAGUUUGUCAGUGUGGACCUACAGGAAAAUGUGGGCUGGACUUCCCUACAUGUAGCUGCUCGGUACAACCAGAUGGAUAUAGUAAAACUACUGUUGAAGGCUGGAGCCAAUCCUAACUUGGUUGACAUAGAAGGCAGCAAGGCUUCGGCUGUCACAAAUUCAAAUGAAAUCAGAGCUCUCUUGAUGAAAGCGGAGAGAAAGAUGAAGUUACGAGAAUCUGAGAUUGGUCCAUUAGAUGACAACGCUGACAUAUAUGAUGAAAUAGAUGGAGAAGAGGAAAUUGGUGUUGGAGGUCUCAUCAGAAUUAACAGUAAAACUGUCAAGUCGAAGCACUCCACCCUGGCAAGGGAAGAUGGCUUGUCAGAGGCACGAACACGUUUAGAGUUCUUUGAUGAGGGGAGAAAAUCGGACCCUCGGACAAAGCAAGAUGUCUCAGAUAAAAAACCAGAGGCAAAACCAUUUAGUAAGGAAGAGCCAGCCAAUGAAGAUGAUGAUGGUUAUGAAGAAAUCAACAUCACCAAAAUUUGGCGGGGUUCGGACAAUAAAUUGGGUAUUCUACCAGAGGUAACUAGUACAGAUAAUUUAACAGAUCUGGCGGACAUUUCUGAGAGUACGAUUUUGAAGGAAAUCCAGCAGCGAUUCUCCAACAGUCAGAUCUAUACAUUCAUUGGUGAUGUACUAAUUGCUGUGAACCCGUUCAAGGAGAUGUCUUGUUAUUCCAAGUCUAUUUCUGCAAAAUAUCACAAAGAACGUGAACAGUUACCUCCCCAUGUGUAUGCGGUGGCUGAGAGGGCACACCAGUGUCUGAUGCGAGACCGUGCUGCCCAAUGUUGUGUGAUCAGUGGAGAAAGUGGCGCGGGAAAGACAGAAACAUGUAAAUUUAUCAUACAACAUCUGUCGCGCAUCGCUGGUAGUGACGAGAGCAGUCUCAACAGUAAAAUCAAUCAGGGAAAUGCUGUCCUGGAGGCAUUUGGGAAUGCCAGAACAGUGAUCAAUACCAACUCUAGCAGAUAUGCCAAAUACAUAGAGCUUUACUUCAACGACCUCGGAAAAAUCAUGGGAGCAAAACUGUCAGAAUAUCUUUUGGAAAAAUCACGAGUGGUGUUCCAGAGUGAAGGGGAAUGUAACUAUCAUAUAUUUUACUGGAUGUUUUCCGGUCUUACACCAGAGGAGUCACAGCUCUUCAAACUGGACUCAAUCACUGAUCACAGGUACAUGCGCCACAAAGGAAUUGACCCCAAAAGUCUUGUUCACUCGGAAAACCGGGAGAAAUUCUUGGAGCUGAAGGACUGUCUGAAGUUCAUUGGAUUCACACAGGAUGACAUGGAGAAUAUACUGUUGAUGUUGUCAACUGUCCUUCACCUUGGUGAUAUAACCUUUACUACGGGAGGAAUCAAUGACAUGGCAGUCAUCGUCAAUUCAGCUCAGGUCCAACUUGUGUCCGAGUUAUUGAAGGUUUCUGCUGAGGAACUUGGCUCAUCAUUUGUAUGUGACUACACUGUCACCAGGGGAGAACAGAUUCGGAAGGAACGAACUCUUCAACAGGCAAGGGACUGCCGCGAUGCACUAGCCAAAGCUAUAUACAGCCGAAUGUUUAGUUGGAUUGUCAAUGGUAUAAAUCAGAUGAUUCAACCAAUGGUUCCGAGAGAGGAUCCAUUACUCAUUGGUAUAUUGGACAUUUUUGGAUUUGAAAAUUUUGCCAAGAAUAGUUUUGAACAGGUGUGUAUAAACUUGGCCAAUGAACAAAUGCAGAAUUACACCAAUGAGCAUAUCUUUUACAAAGAGCAACAGGACUGUCUGCAAGAAGGUGUCCCAAUGGUCGAUUUUGACUACAAGAGUAACCAAUCAGUUCUGGACACAUUCUUUGAGAAACACACCGGAAUCUUAGCUAUUUUAGAUGAGGAGAGUUCAUUCCCCAAGGCAACUGACAGCUCCCUAGCAACCAAGCUUCACCAGGGUCCAGGCAAGAAGUUUCAAGAUGUAUACAAGACACCCAAAGAUAUGGGAGUGGUCUUCACAGUGGUCCAUUAUGCUGGUGCAGUGUCUUAUGACUUAAUGGGUUUCCUAGACAAGAACCGUGACACCCUUCCGAAUGCUGUCACAUACAUUUUGAAAACCAGUGAAAGCCUGUUGAUCAAGGAUCUGUUCCAGUCACGAGUGACCAGGACAGGUUCCCUCGCCCCAAGUGCCCGGCAACAGAGAUCCCGUAGGGGCACUACCAUCAAGUCUCCAUUUGAAUUCUUUAAGAAAAUGAAAGGAGGAAAAACGGACAAGAAAUCCAAACGCCCAAUGAUGUCUGUCGAGAGAAAGGGCCCAGCUACCAUGGCGUAUCAUUUCAAGAAUUCUCUGAAUGACCUGAUGGCUAAGAUCCAAUCAGCAAAGCCCCAAAUUAUACGUUGUAUUCGUCCGAACACCACCAAGGCCGCCAUGUUGUUUGUCCCGGAAUAUGCCCUUGCCCAGCUGCGUUAUACAGGAAUAGCUGAGACAAUCAAAAUCAAAAAGUUUGGUUAUUCCAUGAGAAUCAGAUUCCAUGAUUUCUUACUGAGGUACCACACCCUAACAGUCUGUCUACUGCCACAACACAGUAUGAUAUCAGACUUGGACAAAUGUAAACAUAUCUUACAGUGGUGUCACCUGUCAGAGGCCAAGGACAAGUACAAGCGGUGUCACCUGUCAGAGGCCAAGGACAAGAUAGGAAAAACCAAGUUAUUCAUGUGUGAACGACACUGUAGCCGUCUGGAGGAGGGGGAGAUCACUCUCAGUAGGAGAGUGACUUUGGCCCAAGCAGUUGUACGUGGGUUCCUCGCCAGGAAAAAGUUCAAAACUCUCAAAAUACAAAUCCAACAGAAACAGGAAAUGGAAAUAUCCACCUUCUGCCACCAGAUGGCUCUCCAUCAAGAUCAACUAUUGUCAUGGUUACUAGACAUUAACACUGAGGAUGACAAAAUACAGCAACAGAAGCUGAAAACUGAUGAAGUUCGGGAGAUCUGUAAAUCCCUGGAGGCUCUGGAUGAUUUACUUAACAUAUACGAUGACUGUAUACCCGCACCUUAUCCAGAGGAAGUCUUCGAUGACUGUAUACCCGCACCUUAUCCAGAGGAAGUCUUCGAAGGCAAGACUCUUAUUGCUAUGGAUGGCAUGAAGUGGGCCUUCUGCAUGUUGUUCAGUGACGUAGCCACCAACUCCUAUAAAAGGAAUCUGCCUUAA